AAGGUGUCUCGGGUGCCCCCCGCUGGCCCAGUGCAUUGUGGGACAGCGGCAGGCAGUGGUUCCGUAUUUGGGAUUUUUUUUUUUUCGCAGCUAGCUGGCAGUUGCAUCUCCAUGCAGCCUGCUGGAAGGUAUGGAGGAGAACGGGGACUCUUCCCUCCUGAUGAUUCUCGCUGAAAGCACCGCACGGCUGCCCCAGUUUUAGCUGCCAGGAAUGCAUUCAUUAGGCUGUGUUAUAUGCCACUACAUGAUCACAGACUAAUGGGAAUCCAACUCCAGGCAGUGUUUGGUGAUCAUUCAGCUGAGGGAGUCUCUAGGCAAGGCAGAAGGCGGAUAAAAGGGUCAGGUGGUUCAUGCUCACUGCUACCCUGCUGCCUCCCAGUUACCGUCAUGCCUUAUGGAAUAUUCAUCCGCCAUCAAUGACAUUCCAGCUGGACCCAUGUUUACAACAACAGUUCAUUUUGCCAACAAUUAGCCCCAUAACAGCUUCUUUUUAAUCCGGCUUGCUCCCCACGUUCAAAGCACAUCACUGCAGCUGCAAAACUGUGCUUUUUGUUUCACGACAAUCGACUUCUCUCCCUUCGCAAGAGGCUGACCCCCUAUCAUGAGAUUCCGAAUCUACAAGAGGAAGGUGGUGAUACUGACAGUGGUGGUUGUCAUCUGUGGCCUAGCUUUUUGGAGCAGCGGAAGGCAGAAGAAGAACAACGACGGUGGGUCGCUCCCCAAGGAAGUGGAGAUGGUGAGGAGAAGUAGCAGCAUUAGCAGCAGCAGUAGUAGCAUCAACAACAAUCCUGUCCAGGUGCAAGUCACACCUGCAGUCAGCCGGGCACCUGUUCCACCUCCCAUUAUACAAGUAAAUGACACACAUCAGGAAAAAGCAAAGGAAAAAGAGAAGAUAUCCAAGCCAGAGGUAGAUAAUACCACUUUAGUCUACCGUGGCAUUGUCUUCCAGCUCAACUUUGACCAGACAGUAAGAAAUGAGGAAAAGUUUAAAGCAGCGCGGCAGAAGGAGGAUCUGGUUGUGGUGGUUCAGGUCCAUAACCGACCAGACUACCUUAAGCUAUUAGUGGACAGUUUGCGGAAGGCCAGAGGUGUGGAGGGCAUACUGCUGAUAUUCAGCCAUGACUUCUGGUCCCCUGAGAUAAAUAAAGUUGUGGCCUCUGUUGACUUUUGUCAGGUACUUCAGAUUUUCUUCCCCUUCAGCAUCCAGCUGUACCCUCAGGAGUUUCCCGGACAUGACCCCAAGGACUGCCCAAGAGACAUUCCCAAAAAAGAAGCCUUAAAGCUGGGUUGCAUCAACGCAGAGUAUCCUGACUCGUUCGGCCACUACCGUGAGGCAAAGUUUUCCCAGACCAAGCACCACUGGUGGUGGAAGCUGCACUUUGUAUGGGACAGAGUCCGGGCUCUGAAGGACCACAAGGGCCUGGUUCUGCUGAUCGAGGAGGACCACUACAUGUCCCCGGACUUUAUCCAUCUCUUAAAGCUCAUGUCAGCUCUCAAAAGGGAGCAGUGCACUGACUGCGACAUCCUCUCUUUGGGGAGCUACAGCCACAUCGGCUAUGCCAGCAAAGCAAAUAAGGUGGAGGUGAAGGCCUGGAAGUCCACCGAGCACAACAUGGGGAUGGCUCUGAGCAGAGAGACGUACCAGAAGCUCAUCCAGUGCACUGAUACGUUCUGCACUUACGACGACUACAACUGGGACUGGUCCUUACAACACCUGACUGUGUCCUGCCUGCCCUCCUACUGGAAGGUCAUGGUGAGUGAGGCGCCACGUGUUUUCCAUGCCGGUGACUGCGGCAUGCACCACAAGAAGGCUUCCUGCAUGCCGAUGAGUCAAAAAACGAAGAUAGAGAACAUCUUACAGAGCAGUGGGAACCAGCUGUUCCCAAAGAACCUCCUGAUAGCAAAGAGACUGCCAGCCAACGGGGCCGGAGGGGUGGCCCCGCACGUGAAAAACGGGGGCUGGGGAGAUAUCAGGGACCAUGAACUCUGCAAGAGUUAUGUUCGAUUACAGUGACCUUAAUUGCUACUAUUAUAUAUUAUUGUCUCUUUUGCAUCCUCUAUAAAGAAAAAAGCCUUUUAAAAGUAAAUCUUUAUGGACUAUUCUUCAUAUUGCCUGUUUUAUUGGACUGUUCUAAAUAAAGACGAAUGUUGGAUUUUUGGCUUCUUUAACACAAA